GUUCAGUAUUUCAUCGCAGUUAAACAUUACUAAGCUGUUCUUUCUUGCUGCAAUACAGCAGACGAGCCACGAGUCGCCUUAUGAAUCACACUGUGCCCCGUGUCAACGCGCAAGCUCACAAGGAAGCGGGCAAAGAUGGCGGACGACAAGGAUGCUCUGAGUAAACUGAAGGACCUGGCCCAUCUUAAAAACCAGCUGGAGGACAUCCAGAAACGAGUGGAGGAGGAAGUGCAGGCAGGGAUACCACAGGGUGGAUCUUUGUUGGCCUCUCCCUUCCUUAAGGGAUUUCUGGCUGGCUAUGUAGUAGCAAAGCUACGCUCCUCUGCUGUGAUGGGUGUGUUAAUAGGAACAUGCACAGGCAUCUACGCUGCACAGAGCUUUGAUGUCCCUAAUAUAGAAAAGACCGUCAAGGACUAUUUCAACUCCAUUAAGAAAGGACCGAACUAGAGGAAACAUCUAUCCUGCCAACUGGAGGCAGAGAAAAGGAACUGGUACCUGGAAGCAAUAUUAAAACCAAGAACGCUUUUCUCUGCAUUUAUUACUCUCAUAGGCUUUAAUGUUAUAUUUAUUCUGCAGUGGAGUGGUUAGUUUUGGGACAAAGACUUUUGCAGGCUGUAAAUAAUAGAGUUUGCAACACAGGGUCCAAGACUUUGCAUUUUAAUAUUGAUUUUCAAAAGUUCUGUUGCAAAGAGUUACUGGUUUCUUGUUGCACCAAUGAGAAUCUA